AUGGCUCACUCCCUUCACACCCUCGCGGUGGCUCUCCUGAUCGCUUCUUUCUCGUCGAAUGCGUUCGCUGGGUUCAUGGGCGGAGCAUCAACCUUCGCAGGGGCCGGCAAGGCAUUGGUGGAUGCGUAUAACAGAGGCAAGAAACCCGCCCAGCAAGUCGUACCAUACGACCCGGUGGGAUCCGGCGCCGGAAUCACCGGCUUCAACGGCGGCACGUACCAGAUCGCCAUCUCCGACGACCCUAUGACCUCCACGCAGGAAGGGAGCGCUCCCCCCAAGAUCACCGUUCCGCUCUGCGUCUCCACCUUCAGUUUCUUCGUAAACGGCGCGCCCGGCGUCGUCCUGACGGUGGCCCAGACGUAUUCUAUCUACAAGGGAGACAUCACCGUGUGGUCCGGCGUCGCCGGCGCAAAGGGCAAGGUCGCGGGCGCUAUCACCCGCGUGGCGCGCAGCGACAAGUCUGGAUCUACGGCGAUUGUGAAGACUCUGUGGAGCAAGGCUCUGGGCGCCACGUACACCGAGAACACGGACGUCACUGCGAUGGGUUACACUGGCCUCACUAAGGUGGACGGUACGACGGGCAUGUGCACUGCGAUUGCCAAGACCAAGGGCGCCAUUGGUUACGCGUUCACCGGUUCCUGCGCCCCGCGUUACCUUACGUUUCUGAGGAACGCCAACGGUGCGGCCGUCAAGGCCCCUGCUUGGAACCCCUCCCUUGCCAUCCCCGCCACUCCUCCCGCCGCGCCUGACGCGUCGUGGGCGAGCGUUGAUUUCGUGUGGAAGGCCGGAGCCAAGACCCCUCCCAUGGUGUCCAUGGAGUUUGCCUUCAUCAGGAAGUCGCCCUCCACCCCGGUCGCAAAGGCCUUCAUGCUGUAUAUGAUUGGCGCUAUGAGGACAAACAAGUAUGGGUUCAACCCGACGCCUCCUGCUUGGAUCAACCCGUCCAAGGCCAUGGUGGUCGCGAUUAAUCUGACGCCUGCUGCUUUGCUCAAUCCGUCCAGGGCGAUGGUGAUCCAUACCCACUUUGUGAACAUCUCCCAGGCAGUGAAGCAGCGCUGGCAGGCCAUAGUCAUUACUCUCGACAAGGCACUCAACAGAACCACCUACAUGCCCUUACCCCACACCCACACCCCUCUGUCUGCCACUCCUUGUUCCCCUCCCUUGCAGCACAUCCCCCUGGUGAACAUCUCCCAGGCAGUGAAGCAACGCUGGCAGGCCAUCACCAUUCUAGUGGAUAAGGAGCUGAACAAGACCACCUACAUGCUGUUCAACGGCAAGGGAUACGAGGAACCAGCCACUGAGACGCCCAAAGUGGGCACUUCGGAGCUUUGGCACAUCAUCAACCCGACAUUCGAAACGCACCCCAUCCACCUGCACCUCAUACAGCACCGCCCCAUCUCCCGCCGUCCGUUCAACUCCACCGCGUAUCUCAACGGCUCGUGUUCUUUCGAGCCCUCCUCCCCUUUCAAACCCAGCUGCUUCACUGGCCCGGCUCGGCCCGUGCCGCAGCAUGAGAGGGGGUGGAAGGACAACACCGUUGCAUUCCCGGAUAGUGUUCUCACCAUCUUUGUGCCGUUCAAGGGGCAGGAUGGUAAGCCGUUCCCCUUCGACGCAACCAAGGGGCCGGGAUAUGUGUGGCACUGCCACUCAUUGGGACACGAGGACAACGACAUGAUCUCUUAG